UAAAAAGAAGGUUUAUGAUUGUAUAUAAAUGACUAUUGAUCUCUCGUUUCCAGAAGUGAAGUAUUCGUCUGAGUGUAAACAAGUCCGUGGUCGCAGAAAUGUCAGGGAAAGACAAAAUCAGUAUUUUCCCCUCUAGAGGGGCUCAGACUAUGAUGAAGGGUCGUCUGAGUGGAGCCCAGAAAGGCCACUCGCUGCUCAAAAAGAAGGCAGAGGCCCUCCAGAUGCGCUUCAGAAACAUCCUUGGUAAAAUCAUUGAAACAAAGACCCUGAUGGGAGAUGUAAUGAAAGACGCUGCAUUCUCCUUGGCUGAGGCGAAGUUUGCAUCUGGAGGCGACUUCAACCAGAGUGUGCUACAAAACGUGACCAAGGCUCGCAUCAAGAUCAGAAGCAAGAUGGACAAUGUCGCAGGUACCAACCUCCCGGUGUUUGAGAGUUUCGAGGAUGGAGUAGACCAGUACGAGCUUACAGGUCUCUCUCGAGGUGGCCAGCAGAUGGCCAAGCUCAAGAUCAACUACAAGAGAGCCAUUGAACUUCUUGUGGAUCUGGCAUCUCUGCAAGCUUCCUUCGUCACGCUUGACAAUGUUGUGAAGCUCACCAACCGUCGUGUGAACGCCAUUGAGCACGUCAUCAUUCCUCGUUAUGAACGUACCCUUGCCUACAUCAUCUCUGAGCUCGAUGAACUGGAGAGAGAGGAGUUCUACCGCCUCAAGAAGAUCCAGGAGAAGAAGAAACAGGCGAGAGACAGGGCAGAGAAAGAGAAAGCUGCUUUGAAGGCAGCAGGUCAACUAAAGGAGGCUGAGGGAAGAAACAUGAUUGUUGAUGAUAAUGACGAAGAUUUGCUCUUCUAGAUUCUGGAUUUUUUUUUUAUUGUCAUUAUGUCAUACGUGCCACCAUUGCACAAAGUGAAAAUUGAAGUAUGAUCAUAAAAAAAGAGAUUUUAUUAUGUAGAUAAUAUUGUGUUGUGAAGUUUUCUUUGGAGAUAAUCGACACUGAUAUCAUUGUUCCUUUGAUAUCAUAGGUUUUGGGUACCAAUGGUUUCAGCAGUGUAACAUUUUGUAACAUAUGAAAUAGAUUUAUGUAUUAUAUUUUUUUUCUUGAAAAAUAAGAAUUGAAAGGAAACUUCAUUUCCAAAUUUCAUAACAUACAUAGCUUUUGAAGAACUUGUUUUGAUUUUCAAUUGUGAAGGAAUUAGAAUUGGGUCUAUCAUCAUUGUGGAUUUAGAAAUUAAAAACCUUAUAGAGAAUAGCUUCCUAUUGGGGAUGUGCUUGUAAUAAUUUAUGUCUUCGUAUGCAUGAGUUGAAGUGCGAAAUGUGUUUCAAAAUAAAAAUAUGCUGGAGUAA